GCGUUUCAAACAUGGAGGACACUUCAUUUCCCGCCAAAACUUAUUGUCAAUGCAGCGAUCGAUGCGGGUACGAGGAAAUCGAAAUUUGUAGAGUGAAUAUUAUCUAGUUCGGAAAUUAAUGAGGAAAUAACAGUUAAUUAUGGAUCCAAGUGAAGUAGAGUUUCUUGGUGAAAAGGAGUUGGUCUCAAUUGUGCCAAACUUUACCUUCGAUAUGAUCCAUUUGAUAUCGGGAUCAGUUGGGCCUUUUCGUGCUGGUAUACCUGUCAAAGUUCCAAUCUGGUUAGCAGUGAAUUUGAAACAGCAACAAAAGUGUCGAAUUAUUCAUCAGGAUUGGAUGGAUGCCGAUAUCUUGAACGAAGCGAAAGAAGAAGAAAAAUUAUCGAAAUUGUUUACCAAAAUGCCUAGCAAUCAUUACAUAGACGAAGCGCAACUUCUACUAAGCCAUGGCAGUGAAGAUAUACCUGAUUCAGACAGGAUAAGGACAGCAAUAAAGGAUAUAUGGGACAUAAGAAUGUCCAAGCUACGUACAUCAAUAAGUGCCUUUCUAAAAAGUGAAGGUCUACAUGCAAAAUUGGAUCAUUUAACUGCCAUGGAAAUUAAUAGUGUAAGACCUUUGUUACCACAUGCUUUGGAUCAGAUGUAUAGGAUUCAAAAUAUGGACAGGAUGACAGACUCAGAAAUGCCAGAUAGUUCUCAAAGCUUAUAAAGUUGAGAUUGUUAUAUUUUUAAAUUAUCUUGUAUGUAUAAUAUAGUAAUGGUAUUUGUGUAUUAUUAAGUUGCAUUGCAUUUGAUUAGUCAAUUUUAUAUAAAUGGAAAAGAUUAUUGGUAUGGAUAAAAAAAAUGUUACUCUACUGAUCUGUAAUAUACGAACAUGAUAUAAUA